CUAUGGUUCAUUUUCCGUUUCUCUUACAAGACCAGGUCAACAGGCAAUAGCCAUAGGGAGAAAAAAAGACAAACGAAGAACAAAUAAAAAAAGAGGAAAAAAUAAGAAUUGACAGAAGAGAACAGAACAGAAGACAAACUUACCACCAAGUCUAUUGACAAUUUUUACAUCAAUUUGAGAAGAGAGAAAACAAAAUAUCAUUCUUCUUCUUCUUCCAUUUGUUCAUUCUGACCUAGUUUGAUUAUAAUGCCAUUUUGUAUAAAGUUAUCGAUUCAAGAAGAGGACACGCAGCAAAAGAAGCUUCCUCUAUCUCCUCUCUCUUCUUAACAAUGGUGUCUUUCUCUUCUUCAAAUACCAAACGUUGAGGCUCUGUUUCGCUACAUUUCUAUCUUCCAAUAUUACCUUCCGCGACAGGGUUUUGUUACAUUCUAGCGGCGGAAGGAUGGCGGAAAAUCCGGUGGAGAAAAGGUCGCGUUGUGGGUUCUUGGGCGUCGUGUUUGGUAGACGUGGCUUGUGGUCCAAGAAAUGUUCCACGGACAAUGGUAGCCAUAGAAGCGCAAUGAGUAGCAGCACCGCCUCCUCCGCUACCGCUACCGCCAACACUGCUAACAUUCAGUUCACCAAAUCUCCAGGUACCGAAUUAAACCAGAAAAAGCUUCAAGAUCAUAAAGUUUCACCUGAACCUAUCCCGAUCCAGAACCAGAACCAGAACCAGAUGCAGAGACCUGUCUCAAAACCCUCACCGAAUCAACACCCUAAUAACCACCAAUCAGGCAAUAACGGUAACUACCAACAGAGUACUAAUAAUCCAGGGCCGGUCCAACAACAAGCGAGGAAGGUGCCAAGGGAAGCCAUCGGUUUAUCCGGUGAGCUAGAGAGCAUGAUCAUCGAUAAUCAGAAAGCAAAAGGGAGCAAAGGCUCCAUGGUCCGAGCAUCUUCUAGCAAUGUGAUGUUGUUUGGCAAUCUUGGGAACUUGAAGCAGCCUGGAUCAGCGUUUAGUAGGGAUCAAACAACUGCUCAGAACAACGGAUACGGGAAUGCUGGUGGAGGGUAUGGGGCGAGGAAGACGAUGGAAGAGGAAAGACGGAUAUCGGCUGCACCAAACCCGGUUUCGAAUGACCAAGAUCAGUCAGGAUCUUUGUGUAGAGCGAUCUCCACGCGGAUGGAUCCUGAAACGUUGAAAAUAAUGGGGAAUGAAGAUUACAAAAACGGGAACUUCGCAGAGGCCUUAGCGUUGUAUGACGCUGCAAUAGCCAUCGAUCCGAAGAAGGCUGCGUAUCGUAGCAACAAAAGCGCAGCUUUAACGGCGUUGGGGAGAAUACUUGAAGCAGUAUUUGAGUGUAGAGAAGCAAUCAGAAUGGAGCCUCAUUACCAUAGAGCACACCAUCGGUUAGCUAACUUGUACCUCAGGUUAGGAGAGGUCGAGAACUCGAUAUAUCAUUUCAAGCAUUCGGGUCCAGAAGCAGACCAAGAAGACAUUUUGAAGGCUAAAACGGUUCAAACACAUCUCAACAAGUGCACAGAGGCCAAAAGAUUGCGAGAUUGGAACACUUUGAUCAAAGAAACGGAAAGCACCAUAGCUUCAGGCGCCGAUGCAGCCCCCCAAGUAUAUGCAUUGCAAGCAGAAGCCUUUUUGAAGAGUUACAGACAUCAAGAGGCCGAUGAUGCUCUGUCUAGAUGUCCGGUUUUCGAUGUGGAAAUGAGCACAAAGUAUUACGGACCAAUCGGUUACGCUGGUUUCUUGGUCGUCUGGGCUCAGGUUCACAUGUCUUCCGGCAGAUUCGGAGAGGCCGUGGAGGCGAUUCAACGAGCGAACAAGCUGGACGGGAACAACAGGGAAGUGAGUAUGGUUCUCCGGCGUGCGCAGGCGGUUACGGCGGCGCGGUCGAAAGGCAACGAUUUCUUCAAAGCGGGACGAUUUCAAGAAGCUAGCGCGGCUUAUGGCGAAGGAUUAGACCACGACUCGAGAAACUCAGUCUUGCUAUGUAACCGAGCGGCUUGUCUGUCUAAAAUGGGCCAAUUCGAUAGAGCCGUUGAAGACUCCACAACCGCACUCACCGUCCGUCCUGGCUACGCCAAGGCUCGACUCAGGAGAGCCGAUUGUAACGCUAAGCUUGGGAAUUGGGAAUCGGCGGUUAAAGAUUACGAGAUAUUGAUAAAAGAGACACCGGAAGACGAGGAAGUGACCAGAGGAUUGUCGGAGGCUCAGAAGCAGCUCGUGAACCGCCGUGGCCGUGACUCUUGAAAUCGUCCGGGACGUUACAGACGGAAUCGGGUCUUGACCUUUUUUUUUGGUCAAGGGAAAUUGAGAAGCUCUUUAAAUUUUUUAAUUAAUCACAAACAGAAUUUUUUAAUUUUCUAUCUCGGUGUAAAUACAACAACUCGAAUUACCGACGUUAUAUUAUAAUUUAGAACAAAGAUUUAAACUUUUACUAAAAUAUUUAUAUUCCGAGAUGAUUUUUUUCAUUUGAUUUUUG